CAACCCUCUCAGUGGAUCACUUUGAGCUUUGGCUUUUAUUUCCAAUUGAGACGAUUUGGAAACAAAGAGUUGAGAAAAACCAUAAACCACCUGGAUUGACCUUUAACCACUCUUGGGUUUCUUCAUUUUACCCCCUCCAGCCUGGAACCUUGGAGAGAGUUCUCUCUCUUCUGGGGGGGUCGGAGGACGAGACUGACCAGACGUACAGCGGGACAACAGAGACUUGGUCCGAGAUGUUGUGGUCGAGGAGAGUCGUCCAGCAGUGGUGCUUCGCUGUGUUCUUACUGUGUUCCCCUGUUCCUCACUACGGACGGCCAAUCGAUGGGCUCGCCAACAGGAUGAAGCGCUCGGUGACCCACGCCCAGCUGAUGCACGAUAAGGGCCGGACGCUGCAGGAUUUCAAGCGUCGUAUGUGGCUCCAAGAGCUGCUGGAGGAGGUCCAUACGGCUGAGAUCAGGGAGCUGCCCGCCCGCCCGGUGGUCAGCAGCGGACUGGGGCUGGGACUACCGGGUGCCGGGGUAGGGGUCAGCCUGGGAUUGGGCACUACUGGGGGUACCCUGCACCCCCACCCCAAACCUCCAGGGGGCACCAAAAACCUUCCCAUUAACUUCCACAUGGAGGAGGAGGGAACCAACCUGCCGCAGGAGACCAACAAGUCCCAAACAUACAAAGACAAAGACGGGGCGCGGAGGGCCAAGGAAGGGAAGAAAAAGAAAGGGAGGAAUGGGAAGAGGAGGGAGGGGGAGAGGAGGGAGGGGGAGAGGAGGGAUGGGGGGGAGAAGAGGAAGAGGCGGGCGCGCUCACUGGGCUGGGCGCAGGAAGGGGAGGAGCCUGGGAAUGGGUACCACCUGGAGUGGCGAGGGCCCUUCUUCGGCCUGAGGGGGGCGCUGCACUAGAACACUGUCACACUCUGACUAAGAAACCCUAAGGACAUUCAGAUGAACACCCAGACACUCCUGCCGCAGGGUUCUGUGACAGUGACGGUUUUGGAAAAGUAAAAUAAGGAAAUAUUUAUUUUUCUGUAAAUAUUGUAAACGCACCAGACUAGUGAUAAUGACGAAGACAAUAAAAAUGACAGACGCUCGCUCUGCGGAGCGACAUAAUUUAAUAAUCGUGAAAUCCUUCCUGUUUCUGUUUUGUUUUGUUAGGACUAUGCCAAUUAUUAUUCAUGUCAGAUUUUGCUGUAAUUUAUUUCUGUUUGAAUCGUGUAUUUAUUUUGUAAAUGUAUCAAGGUGCUGCUGACCUAUAUUUUUGUACCAUAAUGCACUUUUAGAUUUAUAAAUAUAUAUAUAUAUAGAUAUAUAUAUAUAUAUAUAUACUUACAAGUAAUUUUGUUAAUUGACUUUUUGUGGUUGAUUGAAAUGAAGAAAACAUUGUUGGUCAUUCCUCCUUGUUAUCUAGGCUCCUCCUCUGCAUGGUUCUAUAAUGAUCACAUGACUCGUCUGUCCGCUCUGACUGGCCCACAGACGUCUAAUCUAGUUGGCUGUUGACCAGGGGCGUGUUCAAUAGGCACACUAUGGAAAAUGUUUCAAAAUAGGAAAUCCAAAAAAUUAGCAUUUCUAAUUGGACUAAAGUCCAGCUAGUCCCCUCCCCGUUCCAGAUGGUUCUCUUCAGUUCCAUACCUAACGAACACGACCCAGGACGACCCACGCAGCUGUCCUCAACCCCUGACCCCUAACCUCUGUACAUUGUGCUUCAACUCCCCCUCCGUCAGUUGGUCCACUGGGAACCACCUUGUCUUUCUCCUGUUAUGUUUCUGAAUGCUGUCCUAAGUUCAAAGUUCACACGGCCUGUACAUAACCUGAACACAAUGCAACAACUUCAUAUCGUUGUUUGGCACUUGCACUGAGAGACUACCCUGUAUUGAGUGGAUUAAACAUUUGACAGUA